UGGGCGUGCUUAUGUGCACUUUUGUUUAUUACCUGGUAGCGCUGUGUUGCCAUGACGACCGUAGCUGGGUCUCAGCUGACUCGGUUGGAAACUCUUGCUGCACGUUGAGGACCGUGUACCUGUCUGCAGAGGCUCCGUUUCCCAGGAAUAAAUCGGAACAAGCCAUGGGCAGCAAGAAGAAGGAAAUUGCCCUGCAGGUCAACAUCAGCACCCAGGAACUUUGGGAUGAAAUGCUCAGUUCCAAAGGACUAACCGUUGUCGACGUCUAUCAAGGCUGGUGUGGCCCCUGCAAACCCGUGGCGAGCCUAUUCCAGAAGAUGAGGAUGGAAGCGGGCCUGGACCUCCUGCAUUUUGCAUUAGCAGAAGCGGACUGUCUCGAUGUCCUCGAAAAAUACCGUGGGAGGUGUGAGCCGACCUUUCUGUUUUAUGCAGGAGGAGACCUGGUGGCGGUGGUUAGAGGAGCAGACGCCCCCCUGCUGCAGAAAACCAUCCUUGACCAGCUGGAGGCAGAGAAGAGGGUGCUGGCCAGAGGCGGAGAGCGGAGGGUGAUUAAAGAUGAGGCUCUUUCUAAUGAAGUUGAAUGCUUUUCCCACGAAAAGGACGAUGGUGAAGACGAGGACGUGGUUGCAUCAGAGAAGGCCUGCACCUUGGCCAUCAUUAAACCAGACGCGGUGGUGCAUGGGAAGACGGAUGAGAUUAUCAUGAAGAUCCAGGAAGCCGGGUUCGACAUUUUAACAAACGAAGAGAGAACCAUGACGGAAGAAGAAAUGCGACUUUUCUACCAGCGCCGAGCUGGCGAGGAGGCAUUUGAGAAGUUGCUCCAUUACAUGUGCAGUGGACCGAGCCGCCUCCUGAUCCUCACCAGGACUGAGGGUACCGAGGACGUGGUCACUGCCUGGCGAACCCUCAUGGGACCCUGUGACCCCGAUGUGGCCAGGAGGGAGCAGCCUGACAGUCUCCGGGCUCAGUAUGGCACAGAAAUGCCCUUUAAUGCAGUCCAUGGAAGCCAGGACUCGGAAGAUGCCCGCUGGGAACUGGCGCUGCUCUUCCCCAGUUUUAAAUUUUCACAUGAGGUUCUGGAAGCCCCUCUGGGCCGCAAGGCUGCAGGAGCCGAGGGCCCCAGCAAGGUGCUGUGCUUCCCUGAGGAUGUGGACGAGGCGGCUGAGCUGUCGUGCCAGAGCCCAUGACCCGGGCAAGGCCACGAGGCAAAGCGUCGGUGCACCUAUAUCUGCUGCACAUAAGGAAACCUCCAGGGUUGGAACUUCCUCUUUUGAGCAUCAAUACUUUUUGGGUUUCGCUCUCUUGUGAAUGAAAAAAAAAAACACGGAAUCUACUUUCUUGCCUGAUUAAAUAGUACGUAGAGUAACAUAUACUUUUUGGGGGGGCAUCUCUGGGGCAUUUUAGAAAAUUCAUGGACAUCAGUUAUUGUACCCUGCUGUGAUGUGGUGUCCUCUCAGGGGACACUGAGUUACAGAGCGCAGUGUUUCCCCAGUAAUAAAUCUCCUUUAGGAAUGAAACCAUUUUAGACCUUAACUUGGUAAUAGUGAACUUGAAAACAGUGCAACAAGAUUGCCUGUGACAC